AUGGUAUUUGAAAAUAUUUUAGUUAGACUCCUUAACUAGAAAAUAGGACACUAUAUCGAAGGCUUGGACACUAAAAAUUUAGAAGUUGGUAUUUUUUCAGGUAAUAUAGUUAUUGAGAAUGUCAAACUAAAGGAUAGUGUGCCUGAGCUACUAGAAUUGCCAUUUGACAUAAAAUAUUCUCACAUAAAAAAGUUAGUUUUAAAGAUUCCAAUUACAAAUUUAAGCGGGUCUCCAGUUGAGAUAGAAUUAGAUGGAUUAUACAUACUCUUUGAUGUACAAAGAGAGGUUGAUUGGAUGCAAGAAUACUCUAGUAUUAAAAACAAAUUAGAUAAUGUAGAUUAGUAUGCAUAGGAUAUUAUUGAAAAAAUGAUUCAAGUUUAAACAAAAUAAUUAGAAACAAAAGAAAAAGCAAAAGGAAAUGCUCCCGUAGACAGCACUUAAACAUAUAUAGAUAGAUUACUUAUAAAAAUUUUAGAUAAUUUAUAGUUGAAGAUAUCAAAUAUUCAUAUUAGAAUAGAAAAUUAAAUUGGUUUUAAAGCGUCAUUUGGUGUAUGCCUUCAAUCAAUAGGCAUGCUCACUGUAAAUGAUCACGAUGAGCCUGUUUAUAUAGAUCGUACAAAACCAGCAAAUGCAAAUUUAGCUAUGACAAAAAAAUUAGACUUGAAAAACUUGGGAGUCUAUGUUAAUCCAAACGAAACAAAAUUUUUAGCAAACAAAAGUUUUGAAGAAAUACAGCUUCAUUUAAAUUAUUCGAUAAUGAAAAGUGGACAAAAAAUGAACAAUAUAAUAAAUUAUUUGUUUACAAUCAAUUUAUAGGUCCGUCUUGUACAAAAUCCUAAAGGUGAUUUUAGGAUACCUAAUAUAGUAGUUGUAGCAGACAUUAGUCGAUUAAAUAUUAUCCUGGACUAAGAUUAAUUGCAGCAUGCCAUUUCCAUGUUAGAAUAUAUGAAUUCAUAUAACAAGCAUAUUGCAAAGCUUAAGGAAAAAUCAUGCACUAAAGACUAAUAAAAAUAAAAUGAGUUGAUAGAAAAAUUCAAGCAAGUGUAUCCGAUAUAUUACUAUAAGUUAGAUAGAAAUUUGGAUGGAUUGACAGCAGAUUAAAGAAAAUAGCUAUCAGAAGCAGUUGAGAAGCUUUAACUUAAGAUUCUAUUAGAUUAAACAAAGAUAAUAGCAGGAGAAGAACUGAAAUCUCAAAAAAUAAAUGAAAUAACAUCUAAAAAAAAGGGUAUUAUUUCAAGGAUAUUUCGCUCAUCAUCAAAAAAAAAUUCAAUUGUUACUCAAAAGGAUAAAGAAAACAUUGAAAAUUUUUUUGAAUCCAUAAUAAAGUAGGAAGAUAGUUAAAUUUAAAAGCAAGCACAAUAAAAUAAUGCUCCAGAUGAUUAUAUCUGGCUUAAAGUAAAAUUUAAAUUUGAAGGAGGUAGUGUUUAUUUGAAAAAAUAAUUUUAACCAGCUGAAUAUAAAGGUACUAGCUUUAGCUUUAAUGACUUACUAGGUUCUGUUAAUGUUAAAAUGAAAGGCCAUAGCAUUACAGCAAGCUUAAAAGACAUGAGCUUAGAUAUUGUUGAGGAGUAAAUUUUAAAACAACAAAAGAAAAUCACAAAUGUUUUAGGCAAAUCUUCUUAUUAGCAGGAAAAUAAUAUAAUAUUUUUCAGAAUGGAUGCUAAAUAACUAGAAGAUAAAGAAGAAAGAUUUAUCAAAUUCAAUUUAGCCCAAGCAAAGCUCUAGUAUAACAGAUUGUUAAUAUAGUUUCUCACAGAAUUUUUCCAAGUUAAAGUACAAGAUUAAGAAUUAAGAGACUAAGCGAUGAAAAAAAUAGAAGAAUUUCAUGAGAAAACUCAGUAAUAGGUUGAAGACAGCAUUAAAAAUAUAGAUAAAAGCAAAGAUAUAUUAAAAUUAGAUAUUUUUUUGGCUUCUCCAAUUAUUGUUAUACCCUUUUCUUCUGAUGAUAACAUAGAUGCUGUUGACUUUUUAGUAUUGCAAUUAGGUAAUCUGAGUAUUAAAACUGACCAUGAGGAGGGAUAAAAGCUAUUGCAAUCAAAUGCACUUAUUUAAGAUAAAAUUGAAUAUGCAAGAAAAAAAGAACUUAAUGAAAUUUAUUUGAUUUCCCUUCAGAAUAUAAAUUGUAGAUAUUUUACUACUAUUUAAACGAUGGAAUAGUUUUUGUAAAUCAGAACUUUUUCUCUUGCUCCUACACACCCUUCGAUUGCAGGUUAGUAAAGAGAAUCAUUUAUGAUUUAGCAGCAAUAAAUGUAAAAUAACGGUGAAAUGUUUGUGCUAGUUUAAGAUUUUAGCAUCAAUAUUAAAAUUAAUAUUGCAAAGUACUAACAAAAAAUACUGAUGAAAAUAGAUAUUCCUAGAAUUUCAGUAGAAGGAGAUAUUACUGAUUUAAAUAUAAAUUUAAAUUAAACAGUUUAUCAAAAAUUAUUAUCGCUUUAAGAUGUAUUAGAUAUUUCUACAGCUCAAAGUUCCAAAAGACAAACUCUUUAGAUGAAUUAAGAGAAUUAUGAUAAAAAUAACGCAGCAGAAGAAAUCAUUACUGAAAAGAAAGAACUAAUAAAAAAAGCUGUAAAAGGUGGUUUCCUAUUCAAGAGAGGUAAACAUAUCAAAAAGUGGGAGAAAUAUUAUGCUGUCUUAACUAGAGACCACAUUUAUUUUUUUGAGGUUUAAAAUACGUUUAAACCGCUAUUUCAUAUAGCUAUCAAAAAUGCUACUAUUUCAAAUGUUGCCGAGGAUUAAUGUGGUUUUAAAAACGCUUUUGUGAUUAAAACUAGGUAUGAGGACAUUUACUUGGGAUGUGAAAAAGCUGAAAAUACUGAAAAAUGGAUUAAAGAAAUUCAAAAAAUAUAUGACGAAAAUGAAGAAGAAAAAAAAUUGUAUGAAAUAUAAAUGAACGAGCAGGAAAGCAACAAUAAUAAUUUGGAGGAUAUGAAUUUAGAAAAUACAGAUUUCAAUGCAGUUGAUUUACAUUUGAACUUUAAAAUAAAUUCCAUUCAAGUAAGUCUUGAAAGUAUGCAAUAAAAAAUGAUUGUAGAUUUGAGUAUAUAAAAAUUUAAUUUGAAAGCAGAGAAAAAAAUUGCUUCAUUUGAAGCUGAUAUCACUUUGGAAGGCAUUUAUCUGAAUGAUUAUGUUUAUCAGUAUUAAGAUCCAUCAUUAUCAUAUUUGAUUACUAGUAGAAAUGAAAAAAACGAUAAAUUAAUAAAUAUAAAGAUUUUGUAGUUAGACAAGCAGCAUCCUUAACACAAGUAAGACAAAAUGGAUUUAUUUUUAGAUUGUGAAUUUGGAUGUUUGUUUAUAAACUUUAAGCCUGAUACUUUUAUGGCUAUUAUGGAUUUCUUCUAAAUAGACACAGAAACAUAAAUAAUUAAGCAGCUUGAACUCUAAAAGUUGGAAUCUUAAAGAAGAGAGGAGUACCUUCUUAAAGAAAAAGGUAAAGAUUUAUAAAAUAUAUUACCUGGUAAUGAUAAAACGAAUGAUAAGCUAGAACCUGAAAAUUAAGAUGGAUCUACAGAAGAAAGCAAUCUGAUUCAGAAUAGUGAAGUUAUUCUAGUAAAAGCGAAAGUGCAUGUCAGAUAAAUAGCUCUUAACUUAAUACAUAGAAAAACUAAAUUAAACUAAAAUUAAUUAAAUCUUCAGUGCACUUAGAUUGAAUUUAUGUAAAAGGCUGAUGAAAUGGUGCUUAGUGGUUCUCUUCAAAAUUUACAAAUAUUUGAUCUUACAAAUUAUCCUAACACUAUAUAUAAAGAGGAAGACUAUAAAUUUCAAAGAAAACAAGAGAUAGUGGGUUUAUGGUAUGAGACUGAGGAGUUGCUGACCCAUGUUAAAGAAGAAAAACCAUAAAUUUAUGAUAAAAAAGCUAAUUUAUUGAAUUUUAAUGUAACUAUCUUAGAAACUACUUCUAAAAAGUUUAAUCAUUCUACUCGUGAAACAAUAUUUGUAGAUGCUUUUAUUAACUCAAUCCAUAUAGAUUUUAUGAUGUAGCCCGUCAUGCGCCUCAUAGAUUACUUGUUAGUAUAAAUAAUUGGUGUAGUCACUGCUCCAGAAGGUUUUAAAGAAGACUCUAAUAUUGCUGUUUCUAAGCUGAUUGAUUAAAAAAAUCAAAUCCAAAAAAACAUAGAGCAACAAAAAAAUAGAAUAGAUUAACUAUAAAAAUAAUUUAUUAAGACAUAAAUAAUAAAUCCUACAAAUAUGAAUAUUAAGGUAGAGAUUAAAUCUCCUGUUAUAGAUAUUAAGCAGCACAAAGAUGCUAUAAAUUUCAUCAGAAUAUAUUUAGGUACCACAUAAAUAGAAAAUAAAAGAUUCGAAUGUCCAAAAAGAAUAAUAACAAAUAAAUAUGCUAACUCAUCUCCGAACUACUUCAAAGUUGGUGAGAGGCCAAAAGUAUACGAAGACUAAUAUUAUAUUUAUAUUGAAGAUAUGAAAAUUGUUAUAAUAAAAGAAGACUAAAUGAUUGAAGUGUGCAAACCGUUUGAUUUUAACAUAAAAGUAUCUAUGCUCAGUUUCUUUAAAGAAUUAGAAUAGUGUUUUCCUUAGGAGAGCUACGACAAUACGAUGACAAUAGAAAGUUACAUCACUCCUAUAUUGCUUAAAUUUAGCAAUUUCGAUUAUAAUAUUAUUAUGACAGCCAUCUUUCAUAAUAUUUCUUAUGACGAUGGGUUAGACUAAUUCUUUAUUCAUGACUUUUGGGUCACCUUUGCAGAAAAAUAAAAAUAAAUGGAGAGAAAAUAUUAUGGGCUGCCUUAAUAAAGAGUCUAUUAGAUUUAAUAGUCUAGUAAGAAAGAAAGAAAGUCAACAUUCAAGUUUAGAGGAAUCUAGAGAUUAGACUCAUUACAAAUUGAAACAAAUAGUUUGUCAAGUGAGUAUUAACAAUACUAAAGAGACAAUAGUAAAUUUGAUGACAUAAUUGAAAAUUCUGAUGGUAUUUACUUCAGUUUAGAUUUUCAAAAUAUUUCUCUAUUUGCUGUGAGCAACGAAAAUAUUCCAUUUGCAAUGGUAACCUUCGAUAACGCUAGAGUAAUUUAUGAUAGUAUUGACGGUAAAUCUAAUGUAAAAAUAAUUUGCAAAGAGAUAGACGGAAGCUACUUUGAAAAAGAUAUUGAUAGCAAUAUUUAUUUUGAAUAUCCUUUGAUAGGAAGUUUGGUAAAGUUUAAUUUGCAUGAUGAGCAAUAAAUUUAAGAUUUAGAACACUUAAUUAAAUAAAUUAAAAAAUUUGAUGCUUCCAGCGACGACUAAAUUAUUGAUGAUGAAGGAGAAGACAAAGAAGAGUCAGUACAUUAAAAAAACAUCCAUAUUAAACACAAAUAUUUCAAAAAAAAGCAUGAUGAUCAUAAGCAUCAGAGCAAAAAGCAUCUCAAUCAACUAAAAAAUAAAGAUAAUACACAAAAAAAACACAAAGAAAGUGGCGAUAUUAAAUCAAAUGAGAAAAUUUUUUCAAUUCCAAACUUUAAAACUCCUAGAGAUGUGGAAAAGGAUUUAAGUAAAUAGCCAGAAUUUCUAUUUCCGAGUAUUGAAAACCAUCUUGCUGAUCUUCGUCUCGCAGAUAAGAAAGAAUAAAGUCAAGAAUUUUUUACUGUUAAUUAAAAGUAAAAUGCAUUAGAAUUUAGUUACGAUUCUUGGGAGAAGACUGGUGAAAAAGAAAUGUACAUCAACUUACAUAAUAUUACAAUUGUAGCAUAAAUGGGAAUUCUACUUUAAAUUGCAGGAUUCUCCAAGCUAGACGAAGAAACAGAAAACAUUCCUCCACCAAUAGUUCCUAUUCCACAGAUAAAUGCAGUUCAAUCACCUAGCCAACAACAAAAAGAAGAAUACUAAGAUAAUUAUAGAGAUAAUUGCAAUAAUAAUAUUAUGGAAGGGACACAAUCAAAAAUAGCUUUAAAUGUAAAUAAUAUCCUUAUUUGUACUCCAUGCAUGGAAAGUGGUAAUAUUCUCACACUAAGAGGCUAGUUUACUGUUUUGAUGAAUUCCAAACAGCCUAAACCUUUGUAAGAAUUAAGAAACAUGAUAAAUUUAGGUAAAAUCACAAGAGAAGAGUUAAGUUAAACCAAUGUUAUAGAUGAAAUGGAUGUAAAAGUAGAAGGAUUAGAGAUAUUUAUUUGUGAUUACGAUGAAAUUACUCAUAAGGAUUUUAGAACAGUAAAAAAGCGUGAAAUUUUACUUCCACUUAAAAUUUUUUUAAGCAAAAAGAAGUUUUUAUCUGUAAGUGAUGAUCUAACUUAAUCGAUAGAAAAAACACUAAUUGAUUUAUAAAUUUAAUAAUCUUCUUUAAGAAUAUCUUUUUAAGAUAUUAAACUGAUGCAAGAUGCCAUAAACUAUGCAAUGACUCAAAUAUAAAUUUAUAAUGAAAAAUCUCAACAAAUCGAAAUAGAAAAGUUAGAAAAAAUUAAACUAAAAUAGUAAAAUUAGCAGAGCAAAGAUAACUAGUAAAAUACUAAUAUAAGUAAUCAGAUACAGUAAAUAUAAAACAAUAGUGCUAAUAAUUCGUAGCUAAUAGGUAUUUCACCUUAAAUAGGCCGCAGAAACAGCUAGCUAUUAAAUUUAAGUCGCUCUUAAACAAGGAUAAUGCUUAAAAAUCCAAGCUAGUCUAAAUUUUAAUAAAUCAAACAAGAGCCAUAGUAACUUGACAGGUCUCAGUAGAUUUAUGGUAAAUUGAGUGAUGUGGCAUCAAUGAUGUUUAAUAAAAAUGAUUAAAAUACAACAACUCAGGCUAAUCUAUAAUUAUAAUAACAAGGAAGUUAGAAUAAUCUUAGCAAUAUUUAAAGUGUAUAAUAGUUGGACUAAAGUAAGGAUAAAGUAAACAUGAGCUAAUAGUAAGGAAAUAUUAGUAUGAGUAGGAAUAAAACUAUCCCAAAUAUUGAAUUAAUAGAAUCUCAUUAAUAGCUUUAAAGGAUGGAAUCAAUGUCUAAGAUUUUGUAAAAUACAAAUCAAAAAUUAGAGUACAAAAACCAGAGCAAAAAAUCUAUUAUCAUGAAUGAAGUUUUUAAAUCAAAUUUGUAAGAAAGUAAAACAAAUGUGCUGUUGGAAGGUUUCCAAAUUGUCAUCAUUAAUGAUGUUGGUAAUGCUUUUACACCAGUUUUAGAUUUUAUGUUUUUUGAUUUUGUGAUGAAUCAUUCUUCUAAUGUUAUUGUAGAUAAAGUUAAUGCUUAGAUUUAGCUUGGUAUUAAUUACUUUAAUCCUAAAGUGAGUGAAUGGGAACCUAUAAUAGAAAGAGUUGGGCUCGAGAUUAAUUAUCUGAAAAAUGAAUUAGGAACAACGAAAGAGCUAAUUACUUUAGAACCUAUAACUGAGCACUUUAAAUGUUUAUAAAUAAAUUUGUCAUCUUAACUUAUUUUUAUUCUAUCUAAAACGUUUAACUCUUUUUAGCAAGAAAUUCUUUAAUAAACAAAAAAUGUACCUGUAGAUGAUAAACCCGAAGAGGACAAAAAAAAGAGUAUUGAGAAAUUACCAUAUGAAACACCUCACGCUCACGACUACCAAGUUUCUAAUGCAAAAAAGCAACAGCAAGCAUUUUUGCAGCCAGAUUACUCCUCUUCUUAAAAAAUGAAGCCUGUUAACGAACAAAAAAAGAUAUUUUAAAAUGUUUAGACUCAAGAAUUAGAAGAUCCCUCAUAAAGGUAUCAACAACUAAUUAAAAAAAGCUAACAACUUUCUCAAAAAAUUCAUAAUUGGGAGCACAAGCGUUUUACUAUUCAAUAGCAAAAUCCUAACUGCCCUCAAAUAUUAGAAAACGUUUCUCAUGUAUCUCCAUAUACUAUAAAAAAUUAAACUGGUCAUAAAAUAGAGAUAGUAAGUGAUUUUAGUUAUAAAUAUGAUACUAAAUCAUCCACAACAAAUGGUUCUUCUAUUCUUUCUGAUAAUAAAUCAACUACUUUCCGUGUUGAAUCAAAAUUAGAUCAUUUUCUAAAGAUAAAUUAUAGAGGAAUGACAGCCUCUUAAAAUUUGUUGCAUGGAAAUCCCAAUACAUUAAAUCGUACAAAUAAAGUCAAGGUGUUUCUUUAAACUGACAUUUUUAAGCUUUCAUCCAUCAAAAAUAUUGAUUUAGACAAAGUUAAGUGCUAAGAAAUAGUUUUAAAAAUUGCAAGUAGCUAAGAGAGUGAUAAAAAUAAAUCUAAUAAUCCAUUUACACCUACAAACAAUGGAAAGAACAUUAGUUUUUAAUAGGCUAACUAAUCUAUAACGCCUAAUAGACCAAACUCAAAUAUAUCCUCAUAAACUUAAGCUUAAUCAUCAUCAUAGUAAUAAGCUCAAGUAGUCCCUAUAAAAGACUUAAAAUUUAGAGUAAAUACAGAAGUAAAAUUAGAUAUAAAUUUGAACCGUAAAAUUUUGAUUCUCUCUUCACCUUACAUUUUUUAUAAUAACACAUCAAUUGAAAUUUUGAUUGCAUUACAAUUUAGAAAGUAUAAGAGAAUUUUAAGAAUACAGCCAGGAGAAUAAUAAGGUAUACCAAUCGAUUACCUGUUUAGUUUUAUGUCUAUUUCUUUAGAAGACUUAUACUUAAACUAAGAUCAAGAUAAUCUUUAAAUUAAUGAUGAAAAUGAUGAUGGAUAAGAUCUGCAAAGUAUUGAAAAGAUAGAGGAAAUAAUAAAAAAAAGAGUUUUCUCAGAGUAAAUUUCUGUUGAAGAAUGUGGAAAUCAAAUUAAUUAAAACUUUGAAGUGAGAAUAGGCCAGCACUUCAUACUACUCAAAAUAUAACCUGAUCAAGUAAACCGUUAUAAAACCAUCAUGACAUUUGAACCACCUUAUCGUUUUAAAAAUUGUCUCCCUAAGCCUCUGCGUCUUCAAAUAAUUAACUAAAAUAAAUAUACAACCAUUGAUAGAAAGAUUUAUCCAAAUUAAUUCUUUGAAGAAUUCGACUAUCCACUCUAAAAGAAAAUAUACAUAAAAGUUCAGUUAGAGGGUUUCUUUUGGAGUGAUGAAGAGCUCAUUUACGAAGGAGAGCUACUAACCAAAAUUAAAAUCUCAGAUUUAUAUAACUCAUCAUAUAUUUCAGUGCAUUAAAGUAUUUCGACAGAAGCUUAUUCUUGUAGAAAUUAUUACUUUUAUUGCAAGGCAUUACUUAUUAAUGAAACUUAACAUAGCUUAGAAUUCUACACAAAAAAUGAAAAUAAAUGGAGCUCAAAUCCUAUGCUAGUUGGAGGUCAAUUCCCAGUUUUCUAUGGUGAAAGAUUAGAUGAUAAUCUAGUUAUUUUAGGUGAAGAAACUGGAAACCUAAUGGUUAUAUAUGAUAAAAAAUGUCCUUAAAAAUAAAAUAAAGAAGUUUCCAUAAGUGGAGUUGGUUCUACUGAGCUACAAGUUAAAACAAAAAUGACUUUAAUAAAUUAAUAACUCCAUCCUGUAUUUAUUCCUAUUGGUGUUUAGGUUUCUUUAAAAGAAAUAGAACCUAAAAUUGGAUUAUUUACUAAAAUUAUUACACUUUCUCCUAGAAUUAUUUUAGUAAAUGAUACAUCUUUUACAAUUUAUGCUAAAUAAUUCUAAACAAAUUCUAAUGAAAGUGGUUAGAUUUUAAUUAUCAACCAAAGGAAGCCUUUGUUUUGGCUAGAAAGUCACAAAUAGCUAUUACAAAUUGGAAUUCAUGAAGAUGAUAUAGAUAUUGAGAAGAGUUAUUUUGAAUAGGAAGAAAUUAGUUUACCUUCUAAAAAAGUCAUUAAGGAUAGAUAGAAAAGUAUUGAUGAUUUCUAAGAUCAUGAGGUUUGUUGGAGUGGUGGUAUAGAAAUUACAAGUGUUGGAGUUGUUUCAAUGUGUAUACGUGAUAAAUAAAACCACAUUGUAAAAUUUGUACGUACUGACAUUAGAAUGGAUAAUUCAAAUAUUUAUGUUGUGAUUUAAGAAGUUGAAGAAUCUUAAGUACCUUAUUUAAUAGCAAAUAGAUGUGAAGAUAUUAACAUUGAUAUUCCCAUGAUACCAGCUCUAAUAGAAUUAGAUGAAAAGGCAUUCUUCGCUUGGGAUGAACCUCAUAUCAACAAAAAUGAAAAAGAGUUAGAUAUAAUUUUAAGAGUAAAUAAUUUAAAGUAAUAUUAAGAUCAGCCUGUAACAAUAAAACCAGAUCAAAUAAAUAUGUCUAAAAAGAUAGUUAUAUAAGGAAGAAGUUAUGGUGAUCGAAAAUAUGAUGAUAUGUACAUAAAGUAUACUAUCAUGGUUGAUGGAUAUACUAAAGUAAUCAUAUUUGAAAACAGUUCUAAAAACGAACUUGUUAGCCAAGAAGAAAAGGCUGAGUUUUAUAAAAAAACCGUAAAAGAAAUUAAAGAUAAUUAUGCUAACACUAUAAAUUAAUCUAUUGCAGUUAUUCAAGAAUCUAAGAAAAAGGAUAGAUUACCGAAUAAUAUAUCUUCUUUCACCGAUGCAGUUGAUGACGAUAAUCAAAAUCUAGCUGCUGAUAUACCAUCACCUUAAAUUGAAAGAUACAUUUCAGUCUACUUUAAAAAAAUAGGCUUGAGCAUUAUAAAUAACCACUCACUUAAUGCAAAGCCAUAGGAAUUAAUGUAUAUUUAUAUGUAAAACACAGAAUUAAUUCUUUUGCAGAAAAAAGAAAAUAUAAUUUUCCAAUUUAAGCUGAAAUUCCUUAACAUAGACAAUAAUUCUUAAAUGCUUGUAGAUUUUCCAGUAGUUUUAACUCCUUCCCAUUACUAAAGUCAUAACAGUGAAGAAAACUCUAAAGCUUUCCUAAACUUAUUAAUAGAGAAAAAUACUUGUGCUUACAAUAUGAAUCUAUUUAACUCUAUAAUAUUUGAUAUUGAGCCUGUUACUUUAAAGAUUGAAGAAGAAUUUGUAAAUUUAAUUCUUUAAUUUGUUGAUUAAAUUGUUGAAGGAAUUCAAACUCCUGAAGAAAAUGAAGCUGAUUUUAGGAUUAGCAAGAUUGUUAGAAGAAGCUAUGCAACAUCUGUAGUUACUAGAAAGUCUUUGAUAUCAAACAUUCAAAAUAUGGAAGUAGUAAGAAAGCCUAUGUUUUGGGAAGUUUAAACACUACCAGACCAAUCUCUACCUACAUAUAUUGAUUAAAUUAUUCUUUCCCCAAUAAAUAUCAAUUUGUCUUUUAAAUCAAAAACAAGAGCUAAUAAUAACUUUGCUCUACUUACAGUUUUAGCUACUGCAUUAGGAGUUGCAUUGUCAAAUAUUGAUGAUGCUCCUCUUACACUAAAAGGAAUAAAACUUUAAAACUGUUUUGACACAGCUGAUGGAAUAACAGACAAAUUAAUACAGAAAUAUAAAGAACAAGCCCUUAGAGAAGUAUUUCAUGUACUAGGGUCUUUAAAUAUUAUAGGAAAUCCAAUAGGUUUUUUUAACAAUAUUGCAACAGGAGUAUAAGAUUUUAUAGAAAAACCCAUAGAAGGAUUAGUACAUGGUCCUCUUGAAGGAGGAAUGGGAUUAGCUUUAGGAACAGCAAGCUUAAUUAAAAAUGUAAUGGCAGGAACAUUUAAUUCUGUUAAUAAAUUUGCUGGAUCAUUUUCAACUGGUAUUGCUCACUUGUGCAUGGAUGAAGAAUUUAUGAGUUAAAGAGAGAAGAUGAGAAUAAAAAAACCUAAGCACAUUCUUGAUGGUAUAGAAUAUGGUGUUACUUCUAUCGUUAAUGGAGUUGGUAGAGGUGUCAUUGAUGUUUUUGCUAAGCCAAUUUAAGGAGCUAGAAAUGGAGGAGUUAAAGGAUUUUUAAAAGGAACUUGGUAAGGUGUUUCUGGACUUAUAAUUAAACCAUUAUCUGGUAUACUUGAUGCAGCUUCAAAAACUGCAGAAGGAAUUACAAAUACUGCAACUUAUUUCGAUGAUAAACCAAAUCAAAGGAGGAUAAGGUAAAUCAGACCUUUCUAUGGUGUAGAAUAAUAUUUCAAAGAGUAUAAUGAAAUAGAUGCAGAAAUGUUUAUGGAAAUAACAAGGUUUAAGGGGGGAAGAUUUAAAGAGGCUACUUUCUUAAAUGCUUUUAUUUUACUUGAUGACGAAUUUAAUCAAAAAAGCUUGAUAUUAUUAAAGGAAGCCCUUAUUUUUAUGGAAAUAAGAACUCGUAAAAGAGUUUGGAUUAUUCCUUCUAAUUAAUUAAAAUCAUUCUAAUAAGUAUUUGAUGGCAUAAAUAUAUUUGUGAACGAAGAUAAUAAAUAUCUCACCGAAAGGAAGGCCUUUGUUUAAAUUAAAAACCAAAACUACAAUAAAUAUAUUCAUGAAAAACUUUUAGCUUACUUAAAUUUAAUUCAAGAUUUAUGA